CUCUCUCCCUCCUCCUCCUCCUCCUCCUCCUUCUUUUCUCUCUCUCUCUCUCUCUUUCUCUCUCUCUCUCUCUCUCUCUCUCCUGCGCGCCUGAGUCACCGCCGCCAUGGCCGAGAGUGGUGAAAGCAGCGGCCCUCCGAGCUCCCAGGACAGCGCCGCCGCGGCCGAAGGCGCCGGCGCCCCCGCGGCCGCUGCCUCCGCGGAACCCAAGAUCAUGAAAGUCACCGUGAAGACCCCGAAGGAGAAGGAGGAGUUCGCUGUGCCCGAGAACAGCUCGGUCCAGCAGUUCAAGGAAGAAAUCUCUAAGCGUUUCAAAUCACAUACUGACCAACUUGUGUUGAUAUUUGCUGGAAAAAUCUUAAAAGAUCAAGAUACCUUAAGUCAACAUGGAAUUCAUGAUGGACUUACAGUUCACCUUGUCAUCAAAACACAAAACAGGUCUCAGGAUCAUUCAGCUCAGCAAACAAAUACCAGUGGUGGAAGCAAUGGUAACACAUCAUCAACUCCUAAUAGUAACUCCACAUCUGGUUCUACUACUGGCAACAUUUUUGGCUUAGGAAGUGGCAUUGCAGGACUUGCAGGUCUGAGUAGCUUGGGUUUGAAUACUUCCAACUUCUCUGAACUACAAAGUCAGAUGCAACGGCAACUUAUGUCCAAUCCUGAAAUGAUGGUCCAGAUCAUGGAGAAUCCCUUUGUUCAAAGUAUGCUCUCAAAUCCUGAUCUGAUGAGGCAGUUAAUUAUGGCCAAUCCACAAAUGCAGCAGUUGAUACAGAGAAACCCAGAAAUUAGCCAUAUGCUGAAUAAUCCAGAUAUUAUGAGACAAACGUUGGAACUUGCUAGGAAUCCGGCAAUGAUGCAGGAAAUGAUGAGAAACCAGGACCGAGCCUUAAGCAACCUAGAAAGUAUCCCAGGGGGGUACAAUGCUUUACGGCGGAUGUACACAGAUAUUCAGGAGCCAAUGCUUAGUGCUGCACAAGAACAGUUUGGUGGCAAUCCGUUUGCUUCAUUAGUGAGCAAUACAUCUUCAGGUGAAGGCAGUCAGCCUUCCCGUACAGAAAAUCGAGACCCAUUACCCAAUCCAUGGGCUCCACAGACUACUCAGAACUCAACAGCUUCCACUGGUACUACCGGCACUGGUGGAAAUGUUGCCAGUGGCAAUGCUGGACAGACUUCUACUGUACCAACCUUGGGGACUGGAGUUGCAGCUAGUAUGUUCAACACACCAGGAAUGCAGAGCUUGUUGCAGCAAAUAACUGAAAACCCACAACUUAUGCAAAACAUGUUGUCUGCUCCUUACAUGAGAAGCAUGAUGCAAUCACUAAGCCAGAACCCUGACCUUGCUGCACAGAUGAUGCUGAAUAACCCCCUAUUUGCUGGAAAUCCUCAGCUUCAAGAACAAAUGAGACAACAGCUCCCAACUUUCCUCCAACAAGUGAGUAAGAAAAGACUCUAGUUGUCUUCAGUAAUGAUUUGCUUGGAAAAACUUAAUGAUAAA